CUGGAAUUCUCUUGCGGCCGGAAACCCCUCAAACCUUAUCUGAACACCGUGACAACAUAUUAACUGCGCUGUAGCCUACACAUGUAUUUUCUUUAGUAAGAAACAAUAGCUUCCACGAUGAAUCCGGACAAAGCUAGCACGUUCCCCUCCACCCUCCCGGAGUCCCCGGGUCAAACGCCUCCUGGUACCGCUUUACUGCUGGUUCUGGUCGACUGCAGGAAAGCACCGGGGCAGAGUGGAACUGAGAGAGGAGGAGGAGAAGAGAAGGAAGAUGGAGAUUUGAUUUCAUUAAGGUACAGCCCAAACCGUUGCUCUCUCAGUGGGAGGGGCUUAUCAUCUGGGGAGUCUAAACAACAAUUGGAUGCUGACAAGACGUCUCUCCAGAAGAGUCUCUCCAGAUCAGAACGUCUCAAUAGCUGUGAUCAGUGUGGGAAGAGCUUCAAACAAUCACGACACCUGACUACACACCAACGAAUGCACACAGGAGAGAAGCCUUAUAGCUGUGAUCAGUGUGGGAAGAGAUUUGCUGUAUCAGGAAUCCUGACUACACACCAGCGCAUACACACUGGAGAGAAGCCUUAUAGCUGUGAUCAGUGUGGGAAGAGAUUUGCUGUAUCAGGAAUCCUGACUACACACCAACGAAUACACACUGGAGAGAAGCCUUAUAGCUGUGAUCAGUGUGGGAAGAGCUUCAAACAAUCACGACACCUGACUAUACACCAACGCAUACACACAGGAGAGAAGCCUUAUAGCUGUGAUCAGUGUGGGAAGAGAUUUGCUGUAUCAGGAGACCUGACUACACACCAGCGCAUACACACUGGAGAGAAGCCUUAUAGCUGUGAUCAGUGUGGGAAGAGCUUCAAUCAGUCAGGAGCCCUGACUAUACACCAACGCAUACACACAGGAGAGAAGCUUUAUAGGUGUGAUCAGUGUGGGAAGAGUUUCAGGACGUCAGGACACCUGACUACACACCAACGCAUACACACAGGAGAGAAGCCUUACCACUGUGAUCAGUGUGGGAAGAGCUUCAAUCAAUCAGGGACCCUGACUACACACCAACGCAUACACACAGGAGAGAAGCCUUACCACUGUGAUCAGUGUGGGAAGAGCUUAAGGAAUUCAGGACACCUGACUAUACACCAACGUAUGCACACAGGAGAGAAGCCAUAUAGCUGUGAUCAGUGUGGGAAGAGUUUUGCUCGAGAUUUCAACCUGACUAAACACCAUUUCACACACACUGGAGAGAAACCUUACUCUUGUCUAUGUGGAAAGAGCUUUGCUCAUUCAGAGUCACUGAAAAAACACCAGAAAGCCCUUUCCUCUCCGGCACCGGUUCCAGAUCCCUAAAUAAAGGUUCAAUAGAAACACCUUGUGAAGAGUCAUCCAUCUCCCAUUCUCUAACAGUUUAAGUUUGAUUACCAUGGUAACCUGUGUAGCAUAAUAUGCAGCUCUGGAUCCAUAUGUAUCAAGUGUCUUGGAGUAGGAGUGUUGUGUGUGUGUGGUGGGGAGGAGGUGUUCAGAGCUGUAUCUUAUUUAACUCCUAUUAUCCAUUAAAUAACUGUAUAAUGUUGAAUAAUGUUUCAACAAUACUAGGUGUGUAUUGUUAAGUUCUGAACAAACAGUAAAAACUCAGACAAUUAGAAAAAGCUCAAAUCAACUUUAUUCACCCACCGGGUUAUACAGCUGCAAAGACAAAGACAUGAUUAUAGAAGCACAUAGUUUUAUACCUUCCUACUAGGCCGGGUGUCAACUUGUUGCACAUCUAGACAGCCAAUAAAACUCUGUUGCUAGGCAGGAACUGAAUUGGUUCCUCACUGGUGUAGUCAUGGCCCUGCCUGAUGCUCGAACCUUCGUGGAAGUAUAUGUGUGUGAAAUAGGACUGUUUAUUUUCACUUCAUCUGGCCUGACCUCGGGACGGAUUCCUCGUUCGUCCCUAAUCCACGGCUGUUUUACUUUAUCAGUGACUGAGACCAGACUGUUGCCCUUUGCCUCCCUCCUUAGGAGCUGUGAUAUUUAACAAUAACAUGUUUUGACAGAGUGUAAACUUUCUGCACUCCCCCUUGUCUCACUCAGUAACUUUCCAUACACUUAGUUCUUAUCCACCCUCCAUUGACCCCAACAUAUACAUUCCUUCUACCUGCAAAGUAAUCAAUAAGUUCCAGUCUGGUAACAUGAAUAGUUAGAUUUCAAGCUAGAAUCCAACAGUAUUCAUGUAUUCAAUAGAUCAAUAAAUUAAAUCCAUUAU